CUAGCAAGUACAACACUUUUCCAGUUUUACCCUCGUCUCUCUAUUUAUAAGACCUUCUCACUCUCUUGAGUCUUGCCUCUUGUAAAUCACACUACUCGGCUCUUUAGAGGUUCUUUGGACGAUGAAACAACUAAUCCGCCGUUUAUCGCGUGUCGCGGACUCAACACAGUAUAGCCUCCUCCGGUCUGAAUCCCAGCGUGGCCGCACCAAGAAGGAGAAACACAAAUCUUGGGUUCCCGAGGGGCACGUGCCUGUUUACGUAGGCCACGAGAUGGAGCGGUUCGUGGUGAAUGCGGAGCUGCUCAACCACCCCGUUUUCGUAGCGUUGCUGAAGCAGUCGGCUCAAGAGUAUGGAUACGAGCAACAAGGAGUGCUUCGCAUCCCUUGCCACGUGCUUGUGUUCGAACGCAUCUUGGAGUCUCUCCGUCUCGGACUCGCCGAUCGAGUCACAUGACCUACACGAUCUCUUUUGAGAUUUAAGAAGUUUCUAGUGUCUUAUAGUAUCUUGCUAGCUAUAGGGGAAACAGAGUUAUGUAAAUUACAUAUUCUUUAUCUAAUUGGUUUAUCAGAUCUAUUUGAAGAUGGGAUUAUAUAUAUAAGUGAAAUAAUCGAGAUUUAAGGCUUUUAUUUUUCUGGUUUUCAUCAACACAUGCAUGAAGAAUUUGGUUUGGAGAAACCGCCGCAAGAUGUUUCCCAUAAGUAUGGCAACAGUAUCAUUAGCUUCUUCCCAAACUUGGGGGAAUAGAUAACCUCACAAAAUCAAUAGAUAAGCUCACAGAAAAACAAAAUGUGCCACUCUUUUUUUUUUUUUU